AUGUUUACAAAUAUUGCACGAUGUAAAUAUGACGAAGCUAAUGUGGCAAUCAUGAAUGCAUUCAAUCCUAUGGCGCAACAAUUUCAAGCAUUGUUGCAACAAGUAAAUACUGGUGUUGUCCACGAUUAUUUGACAAUUUUAGAUGUCAUUGAGACCAAGUUUGCUUGGUUAGUGUACAUGAUUGGAGGUCUUAUCGGGGGUAGACAGACUUAUGUUAGUACGGAAGAUCAAGAUUUGAUCGAUGGCGAACUAACAUGUAAAGUUGUGAAUCUUUUAACUGCAGUCAAGUCAUGGAAUGGCCCGCGUGGCAAUGAUACUGGCUAUGAAAAAUUAGAAUUAGCUUUUAUAUACUUCUUUCAACAAUUUCGAAAAAGCUAUAUUGGUGAAAGUGCCCAAAAAAUAUCAAAGGUAUACAGUAAAUUAUCCGAUCAACUUGGAAUUAAUGAUCAGACAAUGCUUCUAGAUUUAAUUGUGCAAAAAAUAGGAUCAAAUCUUAAUAUGUGGGCUCAAUGUUCAAAGAUAGUUCAACGGACUGUGGCUCUCUUUAAUGAUUUGGCCGGAGGUUCUGUUAGAUUACUCCGCAAUAUUCCAACUACACAGUUCAUUAUCCAAAAACAUACUGUUAAAGAUUUUCCAUUUCUUGACGCUCAGAAUAACCUACGGACGCGUAUGAUAUAUUAUUCAGCACUUUCUAGAAUAUUAUUUGCUGAUGAUAAUGUUGAACGAGAUUUUGAGGAAUUUGUCAGGCCUUGGGAUAUUACAAUGGCUCAACUCGGUGCUUUAAAUUCUUUUGAAGCUUUUAGACAACCGGCUGUUAAAGCAACACUCUCAGGAAUAUUCCGUGAUUUGAGAGGAUUCCUUUCAGCAAUUCAAGGCCGAAAGAAUUUUUUGAUUUUUUUUGAAUGGUUUUAUCCUAACUAUAUGCAGAUCCUUUGUCGUGCGCUAGAGGCUUGGUCUGAUGACGUAUUAGCCAUUACAAUUCUAAAGUUCUUCCUCGAAUUUGUAAAUAACCGAACACAAAGAUUGAAUUUUGAUAUCUCAUCACCGAAUGGUAUAUUAUUAUUUAGAGAAACAAGCAAAGUGAUAUCUACAUAUGGGCAUCAAAUUAAAAAUCGCCCUCUAAUGAGUCUUGACAAAUACAUUGAAAA